CGACGCGGGGCCCGGGGGCGGGGCGGGGCGCCAGCCAUGGACAAUCAGUGCACUGUCCAGGUCAAGUUAGAGCUGGGUCACCGGGCCCAGCUGCGGAAGAAGCCCACCACGGAGGGGUUCACCCACGACUGGAUGGUGUUUGUCCGUGGCCCCGAGCAGUGUGAGAUCCAGCACUUCGUGGAGAAGGUGGUGUUCCGCCUGCACGACAGCUUCCCCAAGCCCAAGCGUGUGUGCAAGGAGCCCCCAUACAAAGUGGAGGAGUCGGGUUACGCUGGCUUCAUCAUGCCCAUCGAGGUGCACUUCAAAACCAAGGAGGAGCCAAGGAAGGUUUGCUUCACCUACGACCUGUUCCUGAACCUGGAGGGCAACCCGCCCGUGAAUCACCUCCGCUGCGAGAAACUGACCUUCAACAACCCCACCACCGAGUUCCGGUGGAAGCUGCUGCGGGCUGGCGGGGUGAUGGUAAUGCCCGAAGGAGCAGAAACGGUGUCCAGGCCCAGCCCCGACUACCCCAUGUUACCCACAAUUCCACUCUCUGCCUUCUCUGACCCCAAGAAGACCAAACCGCCCCACGGCUCCAAGGACGCCAACAAGGAGAGCACCAAGGCCGCCAAGCCCCACAAGGCGGCCAAGGAGCCCCGGGAGCGGCCCCGCAAGGACUCGGAGAGCAAGAGUGCCUCCCGGGAGCCAGAGCGCGAGCAGGCCAGGCCCUCCAAGGACGCCUCCCGGAAGCUGGGCGAGGGCCGGCCGCCCAAGGAGGAGAAGGCACCACCGCCCAAGGCCGCAUUCAAGGAGCCCAAGAUGGCCCUGAAGGAGACCAAACUGGAGAGCAUGUCCCCCAAAGGGGGGCCCCCGCCGCCGCCCCCACCCAAGUCUUCCAGCAAGCGGCCCGCCGCCGCGGACUCGCCAAAGCCCAGCGCCAAAAAGCCCAAGAAGAGCAGUAGCUCCAAAGGAUCCCGGGGCGCCCCGGGCACCUCGCCCCGCACCUCGUCUUCCUCCUUCUCGGACAAAAAGCCGGCCAAGGACAAAGGCAGCACCAAAGGGGAGAAGGUCAAGGCCGAGAGCGAGCCCAAGGAGGUGAAAAGGCCGCUGGAGGUGGAGGAGUCCAACUCGGAGGACGAGGCCUCCUUCAAGUCUGAGUCUGCCCAGUCGAGCCCUUCCAACUCCAGCUCCAGCUCAGACUCCAGUUCAGACUCGGACUUCGAGCCGUCUCAGAACCACAGUCAAGGGCCCCUGCGCUCCAUGGUGGAGGACCUGCAGUCCGAGGAGUCCGACGAGGACGACUCAUCGUCGGGCGAGGAGGCUGCAGUCAAGACGAACCCCGGGCGGGAUUCCAGGCUGAGCUUCAGUGACAGUGAGAGUGACAACAGCGCUGACUCCUGCCUGCCCGGGCGCGAGCCCCCUCCCUCCCAGAAGCCGCCCCCACCCAGCAGCAAGGCCUCAGGCCGGAGGAGCCCGGAGUCCUGCAGCAAGCCUGAGAAGAUCCUCAAGAAGGGCACCUACGACAAGGCCUACACGGACGAGCUGGUGGAGCUGCACCGGAGGCUGAUGGCCCUGCGGGAACGCAACGUGCUGCAGCAGAUCGUGAACCUGAUCGAGGAGACUGGUCACUUCCAUGUCACCAACACCACCUUCGACUUCGACCUCUUCUCCCUGGACGAGAGCACCGUGCGCAAGCUGCAGAGCUGCCUGGAGGCGGUGGCCACAUGACCCUGGGCCGGAUGCUGGGGCCCUGGGGGUCCCUGGGGUCCUGGGAUCCCCGGUCCCACCGUCCGUCCUCUCUCUAGACUCACCUGCCCUCAGCACUGCCUUAGUGACCGCCCUGUCCUUGGCCCACACAGCCAGCUGCACUUUCCUCGUCGGCGUCUGCCCUGCCCGCCCCACCACCUUGGCGGGGGACCUGGGGCCCUGGAGGGCCGGGCUGGCAUGGCUGCUCCCAGCUGCACCCCCACACGCCCUUCAGCCUCCCUUGGGAAAUGGUUUGUGUUGAAGACAGUGCCAAGCGGAAGGAACGUGCACAGCUGUGGGCCCUGUGCCUGACCUCGGGUCCGGCCCCGUGGCAGGCAGGCGGGCGGGCGGCCCAGUUCCCUCCUGGGCCUCUCGGAGCAGCCAGGCCUGGCUGCCGGGCAUUGCCACAGCCACCUCAGACGGUUCAGACCACAUCCAUCGCCAGGACCUCCGAAGGCUCUGCACGUCUCAUGGCCAGCUGGGGACAGGCUGAGCCUCCGGCACUGUCCUUCACGUCAGCCGAGAGCAGCCCCUCUCCCGUUGGCCCCCACUGUGCGAGGGCUCUGCUGUAGGGUCUCUGUUAUACAUAUAUGUACGCACUGUAUGUGUCCCAGUGUCUCCGGGUGUGUGUUUUGUGGCAGCAGUGGCACGUGGGGGUGGGGGGUGGGGGGGGUCAGGUUGGACUUGGGUUCCGGUGUCUCUGCUGCUCCUGUCGUCGGGCCGGAAGCUGAGCUAGGGCCCCCGAAAGCACUCGAAGUGUUGGCCGUCUCCAGCACCUCCUGCCCUGGAAGAAUCUGCCGAUUGUGGCUCCAAGAACGCGUCUUCCUUCAGGGACUCCGGGAGCUGGAGGCCCAGCCCUGGGCAGCCAGGGGACACUCAGCGAGGGGACGGAAAGCCCCUAGGGCACCGGGAGCCCCUUCACUUCCUGGCACCCGGCCAGCCUGGCGUCGGAUGCUGGGGACAGCCUCCCGGCCGGCAGUGAGGCCACUGCUGCACCGGUUCCCUGGGGCUCCUCCUCUGCCCCCGUAGGAUCCUCUUCCACUCCUUGUGUUCAUCCAGUCUUCGAACUUUGAACAAAUGAGCUUUUGCCAAAUACGAUAGGAUAGUUUGUGGAGUUUCCCAAGGAGCCUCGGGACAGAGCCAGCUCCUCACACUUGGGCUCUGGCUGGCGGUAUGGCCGGCCCGGUGGCCUCUCUGGUUUUGGCCGGGCCCGGCCACGCCUGCGGUCUGUGCCUGUCCUGAGCCUGGAGACUUCGCUCCUGACACGCCUGAGCUUCUCCCAGCGGAUUCCUCAUCCGGCUGCCCCACUCUGCCCGGGCUGAGAAGCCCUGAUGGAGCCGGCCACCUGGGACAGGGUUCCUGGAGGGCCAGGUUCCCGUUUGAUCAGCCUCUCUUUCCUGGACUCUGAGUCAGAGCUCCUCCUCCAGGCCCACCCGGCUUUCAUGCCGUGAACGAGAUGCAGGAAGAAGAGGACUGGGUGGCAGAGGUGGGCACACCUUCUCUUUAACCUGUUAGGUGUCUCUUUCCUCUUCCACAUUAGGAGUUCAGACAACGGAGGGCCUCCAAGCUGUCCUUCUCUUGGGGUUCCCGCGUUACCCUUCCCUGCCCUGAUUCCCUGUCAGGAAGACCGAACACUCCCUGUGGGGGAGUCUCGCCUCCAGACUUCCCCACACUCCACCUUUCCUUGGGAAAGCCCCAUGUCCCAGGCCGAGAACUUGCAGAGGGAACUGUGGUGACUCCUGGCCAUUGUUUUCCUUCCAACCUCACUGCCUUCAGGUACUAGGAGAGGGCAGGCUGUGUGGCAGGCUCCCUGCCGUCGCCGUGCCCUUCCCCAGACAGGCCAACAAUACUCUAAAGUGGGUCACCUUUCUUGGGAAAUUCUUUAAAGCAUUGGACAAAAGGAACUGACCCAACGUGGUCUUCUCAGAAGGCAAAAGCUGCUAGGCCUUCUGCGCAGAGGCAGUCGGGUGGCCGUGAGAGGGGGCUGCAGCCUCAGGUCUCGGGCUCUCCUGGGAAGGGCCAUGGGCCGUUCUGAGCUCCCCACAGCUCUGCUCCACAGCUGGCCUCCCCUUGGGGGGCACCCGGAGCUGGGCCCAGGUCUCCAGCAUGCCCUUGGGGAACGGGCAGCUCAGCAGAGCCUUCUGGCCCUCCUGAAAUUUCUGGAGCCUUCUGAAGCACCAACCCUUUUCUCAGUUACCUCCUCUGGCCAGAGGGCCCCCGCCACUGUCAUCUGGAGCUGCCCAGGGCCAAGUGCUGGCCCCAUGACCACCGAGGGACGUGCCAGCACCGGCCACAUUCCCAGCUGCUCCUCACCCUCAGGCAGCCUGACAGUGGUCCACGAGGGCACUGGGCACCUCUGCAUAGGAAAGAGCCUGGCACUUUGUGAUUGCUGCGUGUCUCGUGUUAAGUCUCCUGCCCCUGUGCAAAUCCCUGUGUUUUGCUAUCUCCUGAACAAAUGUAAACCUGAAAGCAGAAGGUAUUGAAUACCUUUCUUUCACCCAUAAGGGUUCUUGACGAAGAACGUGUCUCACUAGGAACCAGGACAUUCAUCAGCCCGAGACCAACUCCUGGAUAAAAGGAAUAAGGAGAAUCGUGUUUGUAAUAAGUUACAGGAUCGUUUCUAUCCUGGAUUUUAAACUUUUUUGUUAAAUUGUGAAAUUAUGGAGGAGUUUUAUAGAAAAAAAAGUGACAUAAAGACAGAAGGAAAAGCA